CAGUGGCAGCUCCCUCCUGACUCCUUGAGGUUUCAGUAUACAUCAGCAGCGAGCGAGAGCCAAAUCACAUUCCUGCCAAUUCGAUCCAAACGAAUCUCUCAGAAGUUUCCGAGAUUUCAGCUGUUCCUGUUCUUUGGGAUACGCUUGGGUUCCCACUGCGAGACCACCGCCAGGACGAAGUCUUCAGUUUAUGGGAUUGUACCACAACGAAUGGGCUGAAGCUCUGGGCAUCGAGAUCUCCAGCCCGAGGGCCAAGGACGGCACCAUGGUGGUGAACGGGACCUGCUUUUCCAAGGGCAAGCUGAUGCCGUCACUGAGCUUCAAGCUGUGGGAGGCAGAGGCGGUCGUCGCUUCCAUGGACCACGAGCACGACAGCAGCAGGCGGAGCGAGUGCUGCCUGAGCCUGAAGGACGACUCGGACUUGGUGUUCAUGGCGACGCCGACGAGCCCGCGGGUGUCGUCCACCAGCCCCAAAUGCGAGCUGGACGCGGCGGCGGUGAAGCUGCAGAAGGUGUACAAGAGCUACCGCACGCGGCGGAACCUGGCCGAUUGCGCCGUGGUCAUCGAGGAGCUGUGGUGGAAGGCGCUGGACUUCGCGUCCCUCAAGCACAGCUCCGUCUCCUUCUUCAACGGCGGCAAGCCCGAGACGGCGGCGUCGCGGUGGGCGCGCGCCAGGACGAGGGUGGCCAAGCUUGGCAAGGGGCUGUCGAAGAACGGCAAGGCGCAGAAGCUGGCACGGCAGCACUGGCUCGAAGCUAUUGACCCGAGGCAUCGGUAUGGGCACAAUUUGCACAUCUAUUAUGAUGUCUGGUCCAAGAGCGAGAGCACAGAGCCCUUCUUUUAUUGGUUGGACAUUGGGGAAGGCAAAGAAGUAAACCUUGAGAAAUGCCCUAGGAGUAAACUUCAGAGCCAAUGCAUCAAGUACCUUGGACCAAAAGAGAGACAAGAGUAUGAAGUUGUGGUGGAGAGGGGAAAAUUUGUGUAUAAGAAAAAUGGAGAUCUUGUGCAUACUCUGGAUGAUUCCAAGUGGAUUUUCGUCCUCAGCACCACCAAGGCACUCUACGUUGGACAGAAGAAGAAAGGCUCAUUUCAGCACUCGAGUUUCUUAGCUGGUGGAGCCAUAACAUCUGCCGGAAGAUUGGUCGUCAAAGAAGGAAUCCUCAAGGCUAUAUGGCCGUACAGUGGUCACUACCUCCCAACUGAAGAGAACUUCAAAGAUUUCAUCCGCUACCUUGAGGAGAACGGUGUCGACCUCACACAUGUCAAGGUACAUAAAUGCCCACUUGACAAAGACGACGAGUACCCCUUGUUGAGCAAACCUGAGGCUCAGCCCAACGCCGCCGUCUCAAAGGGCUCUGACGGAGCAGAACCCAACAUGGCCUCUGCGGCCAUGGAUGAGCAUACGACCGACUCCGACGCCGCUGAUGGCGACGUUCACCGGGCAACCGUCGACGGGAACAUGAGUGAAGCGGAGGAGGACGACACCGACACCCACGCUCACACCGACAUCGACACCGAAGAGGAGGCGCAGCAGCACGAGCUGCCGCUGCCACCGUCGAAUGGUGCUGCUGCUGGUGCUGAGCUUGGCAAGAACCACUUGACGUGCCGGUGGUCGACGGGCACGGGCCCCCGCAUCCGGUGCGUCCGCGACUACCCGCAGGACCUCCAGUCCAGGGCGCUGGAGCACGUCAACCUCUCGCCGAGGCUCGCCGGCUCGCCGCCGUCGAGGAAGAGGGACCCGGUUCCUUCCCCGCGCCCCAGCCCGGCGAUGAUCCUGUCUCCGAGGCUCGCUUCCGUGGGGUUCCAGCCCCAGACGGUGGUGUCCCUCACGCUGCCUGACUUCAAGAGGAGCAGGUUGCAGUGAGCAACUCUGUUCUUGUUUCAUUGUUUCACUAGGCGAUCAGAAGAAUAACUAAACUGGCCAGGCUGUUUACUGACCGGCCAGUGAUCUUUUUUUGCUGCUAGGUUAAUUAGUGGAUUACUUCGAUUUUUUUUUUCUGUUCAUUGCUUUAUUGAUGGUAACAGUUUUCGGUUGUAGAUACCAUUUGUGAUUCUUUUGUUAGAUGUAUGUAUGCAAAGAGUGCAUGUACAUUGCUUAAGAUUAAAAGGAAAACAAAAAGGGCAAUUUUGUUUACUGGA